AUGGGCAGCUCCAUACUGUUGUCUAUAAAUGGAACCAGCUCCAUACUGGUGUUUAUAACUGGAACAGACGGUAACUGCAUGGGCAGCUCCAUACUGGUGUCUAUAAAUGGAACCAGCUCCAUACUGGUGUCUAUAACUGGAACAGACGGUAACUGCAUGGGCAGCUCCAUACUGGUGUCUAUAACUGGAACCAGCUCCAUACUGGUGUCUAUAACUGGAACAGACGGUAACUGCAUGGGCAGCUCCAUACUGGUGUCUAUAACUGGAACAGGCAGUAACUGCAUGGGCAGCUCUAUAUAACUAGUAUCCCGGUUAUGAGAGAACUGGAGUAGAAGCCUGGCAAAUGCUAAUCUUAGACAGGAUACUGUGGCAUGUAAACAUCUUAUCCCAUUUACAGUUGUUUUUUCGCAGUCUGCACAGGCUCAGAUUCACAUAUCAUGGAUGUUGUGUGGUGAUGUUUCAUCUGAUUGUCAAACAAAUGACUUCAAAAAGUAGGCUACCUGUGCAGUUCCAUCCACCAUAAUAAUUAUAUUUAUUUUGCUGAUACUGGACCUUAUAGCCUACUCGCUGCUUUCACCCCUAAUUUAGACAGGUUUCUGCUUAGAAUUUCCGACAUUUGGUAGGCUAUAUUAAAAUCUCCAACAUUUGGUAGGCUAUAUUAUAAUUUCCGACAUUUGGUAGGCUAUAUUAAAAUAUCCGACAUUUGGUAGGCCAUAUAAAAAAAAGACAUUUGGUAAGCAAUAUUAUAAUUUGGUAGGCCAUUUGUUUGUCAACUAUACAUGCAGCUUCUCUUCUGUCAUAACUUGUUGCCCCAGAAGAAUAAAUAAAGUAGUGCUCACCAGAAUAAUGUCUUACGUCGAUGGAAUGUAUGCAUUAGUAAUCUAGUUAACACCUGUAAAGUUGUCUGUUUCGUUUAGGGAUCAGGGAGAAAACGCAAUAACUCCAAAACAGUGGAAAGAUUGGUCCUGUGCAAAAUGUCCAAAUGUCAUCAGUUUGACUGGUUUUAAGGAAAUGAAAAGAUGAGAAAACAAUUAAAUGCAUUUCUGAUAAGACUUCAGUUGGUCUUGGGUGCAUAUUUUGUGCGGUUGAAAUACUGUCUGCAUGCAUAAUUGUCAAAGAUAACGUUUUACAGUGCAUUCCCAUUUUGUCAAGGGAUGCUGAAAGAAAAAAUCAUAUUUCUCCACUCCUGUUCCAGAGACAAAAUUAACAUUAGCAAGAAAUGCAUAAUUUUGCAGGAGUUAAUAUUAUAUUAUGCUACAUGUGAGAGGUUAUAGGCCUACACUCAGUGUCCAUAUUUCAGUUACUAUUCCAUUUGAAUUUGAAUUUUGAAUUUUGUUACGUUACAGCCUUAUUCUAAAAUGGAUUAAAUAAAUAAAAAUCCUCAGCAAUCUACACACAAUACCCCAUAAUGGCAAAGCGAAAACAGGUUUUUAGAAAUGUUUGCUAAUUUAUUACAAAUAAAAAAACAUACCUUAUUUACAUAAGUAUUCAGACCCUUUGCUAUGAGACUCGAAAUUGAGCUCAGGUGCAUCCUCUUUCCAUUGAUCAUCCUUGAGAUGUUUCUACAACUUGAUUGGAGUCCACCUGUGGUAAAUUCAAUUGAUUGGACAUGAUUUGGAAAGGCACACACCUGUCUAUAUAAGGUCCCACAGUUGACAGUGCAUGUCAGAGCAAAAACCAAGCCAUGAGGUCGAAGGAAUUGUCCGUAGAGCUCCAAGACAGGAUUAUGUCGAGGCACAGAUCUGGGGAAGGGUACCAAAACAUUUCUGAAUAAUUGAAGGUCCCCAAGAACACAGUGGCCUCCAUCAUUCUUAAAUGGAAGAAGUUUGAAACCACCAAGACUCUUCCUAGAGCUGGCCGCCCGGCCAAACUGAGCAAUCGGGGGAGAAGGGCCUUGGUGACCAAGAACCCGAUGGUCACUCUGACAGCGCUCUAGAGUUCCUCUGUGGAGAUGGGAGAACCUUACAGAAGGACAACCAUCUCUUCAGCACUCCACUAGUCAGGCCUUUAUGGUAGAGUGGCCAGAGAGAAGCCACUCCUCAGUAAAAGGCACAUGACAGCCUGCUUGGAGUUUGCCAAAAGGCACCUAAAGACUCUCAGACCAUGAGAAACAAGAUUCUCUGGUCUGAUGAAACCAAGAUUGAACUCUUUGGCCUGAAUGCCAAGCAUCACGUCUGGAGGAAACCUGGCACCAUCCCUACGGUGAAGCAUGGUGGUGGCAGCAUCAUGCUGUGGGGGUGUUUUUCAGCUGCAGGGACUGGGAGACUAGUCAGGAUCGAGGGAAAGAUAAACAGAGCAAAGUACAGAGAGAUCCUUGAUGGAAACCUGCUACAGAGCACGCAGGAUCUCAGACUGGGGCGAAGGUUCACCUUCCAACAGGACAACGACUCAAAGCACACAGCCAAGACAACGCAGGAGUGGCUCCGGGAAAAGUCUCUGAAUGUCCUUGAGUGGCCAGAGCCCAGACUUGAACCCGAUCGAACAUCUCUGGAGAGAACUGAAAAUAGAUGUGCAGCAACGCUCCCCAUCCAACCUGACAGAGCUUGAGAGGAUCUGCAGAGAAGAAUGGGAGAAACUCCCCAAAUACAGAUGUGCCAAGCUUGUAGCGUCAUACCCAGGAAGACUCAAGGCUGUAAUCGCUGCCAAAGGUGCUUCAACAAAGUACAGAGUAAAUGGUAUGAAUACUUAAGUAAAUGUGAUAUUUCAGUUUUUUAUUUUUAAUAAAUUGGCAAACAUUUCUAAAAACCUGUUUUUGCUUUGUCAUUAUGGGGUAUUGUGUGUAGAAUGAGGGGAAACAACGAUUUAAUCAAUUUUAGAAUAAGGUUGUAACCUUACAAAAUGUGGAAAAAUUGAAAGGGUCGGAAUACUUUCCGAAGGCACUGUAGCUAUGUAUGUGGGAAUAUGACUGACUGUAUAAUGACUGGACCGUUUGCAUAGCCUGUUUCUCUGAAUCACAGUCUCUUUCUUUCUGUGGCUUUGAGUGUGUGUCUCGCUCUCGCUCUGUUAAUCCCCCUUUCAGACCUGUUUGUUUCACCUGGUUGUCUGGUACUACAUGAUGACAAAACUCCACCCCUGUUUAAUGAUUGCUUUGGUUCCUUCCUCCCCUCUCUGUCUGCACUCCCCUAUCUGACCAAGACUGUUCCAUUAUCACUGUUUAGGGGCAUUUGAACUCUCAAGGGCUUUAUUUUUAAUUGGUCAGACCCUUAAGCAGUUAAAUGCAGUUUAGGAGCACUGGGUCUUAGUGUCUAAUUAAAGGGUUUGAGUCUGUGUCUGAAGUGGUACCCUAUUCCUUUUGCCCUUGUCGAAAGGAGUGCACUAAACAGGGAAUAGGAUGCCAUUUCAGAUGCAUCUUAGUGUCUAAUGACAGGGUUGGAGUCACAGUUGAUCUGUAUUUGAGGUCUCUGUCCUGCUGUCAGUGUCCCCACCCCACCCAGCUAUUGUACUGUGGCAGUAUGACUGUCUCCUCUGGACAACAAUGGCAUUCUACUCACACUCACACACGAUGAACACACACGCUGCUGUACGCAUACACACACACACACACACACGAUGAACACACAUGCUGCUGUACGCAUACACACACACACACGAUGAACACACACGCUGCUGUACGCAUACACACACACACACACACGAUGAACACACACGCUGCUGUACGCAUACACACUCACACACAAUGAACACACGCUGCUGUACGCAUACACACACACACACGAUGAACACACACGCUGCUGUACGCAUACACACACACACACGAUGAACACACACACUGCUGUACGCAUACACACACACACACACGUUCGCACAUGGAGUGACUCGUCCCAAACAAUACUCGCAUAUCCUGUACUUAUACACCUGCUGUAAGCGCACACACACACACACACAUACACACACACACACACAGUAGUUAUACACUCACACACAAUCACAUUGACUUUUCCUGACUACCCUACAGUAGAACUCGAACUGUUAUCGAUUCACCUCCACCAUCUCUUCACAUGCAUGUUGGCUUGAUCAACAUGGACUCAUCUCAUCAUAGCUUAGGACUGUAACACCAGCUAACAUGGUGCAGAUCAGGGUUCCCCAACUGGCGGGCCCGUGGGUGAUUUCAUUUGGCCCCCCAAAGUUUUCAGAGCAAAAUAAAAAUAAAACGCUAUUUUUUAGUUUUUAUUGUUAGACAUAAAAGACUAAAAACACCAGCAUAUCAGCUCCAAGUGAUUUUUUUGUUUUGGAAAUUUGUUCCGAAGUAUUCCCACACAUAACAGAGAGAUGUAGGUGAUCGUAUACAAAUUCAAGCAAGGUUUGAAAUUAUUAUGUUUUAGUCAAAUAUUAUAUCUGUUUGGGCUUCUUGUGGUCAAUUUGCAGUCUCCAAAUGAUUUAUAAUUAUGUCCAUCCACUCAAGAAGAAAUCGGCCCGCGGCUAAAUCUAGUUUAUGAUCCCAGGUGUAGAAGUCAGAGAGACUGGAUCUUAGGGGCCUUUCUGAGCUGUGGUGUUCUACAUUUUACAUUUUACAUUUUAGUCAUUUAGCAGACACUCUUAUCCAGAGCGACUUACAGUUAGUGAGUGCAUACAUUUUUUUUUUUUCCUACUGUUAUAGAAAACCCUUAGACUAUGCAAUUUCUAUGGAGACAGCUGGCUGGACACUUACAGCCUUGGAAUGCACCCUCUCAUACCCAAACGAUGUCAGAACUUGGGGUAGAAGAGUUGGCCGAAGUGUGUAUGUGUGUGACAGAUCUCAGCUAAAUCACAGAUGAAUACUCCGACAGGCUUGUUAUGGUGUGGUAACAGACAGUAGAUCCUUUUCAGUGUGUUGCGAUGACAUCCACCUGUCUCUAUUUGGGUGUAGUCAAACUCACGAGUGUCAGGCCUACACGUCACCACCUCCUGGCGACUGUUGGAUCAGUAUAAAAUACAUCCUCUGAUUUGACAGUUUGUCCCAGAGGACACUCUGCUUACUAUCUGCCCCAGCAUCUGAUUUCAGAUGUCGCUGUCCCCACCUGAACACCCAACAUAAAUUAUUUGUUUUCAUUUCUAUUUUGAGAUCUCAAAUUCAUACGUUUCCAGAUGAACAUCUGGUUAGCUGGUUUAGAGAAGAUGAUGAACAUCUGGUUAGCUGGUUUAGAGAAGAUGGAUGAACAUCUGGUUAGCUGGUUUAGAGAAGAUGAUGAACAUCUGGUUAGCUGGUUUAGAGAAGAUGAUGAACAUCUGGUUAGCUGGUUUAGAGAAGAUGAUGAACAUCUGGUUAGCUGGUUUAGAGAAGUGUUUAGAGCAAGGGCCAUCGAGGCUCUUUUGUUUGAACAUGAACUUUUGUGAACUCAACAUAGAGGGAGCAACAGUUUGAGCAAAGCUCUCAUGUGUCACGCUCAUAUCUGUCCCCCGGAAAGAGGGGGGAUCCCCUCAACCGAGCCUCUGUGUCACCCGAAUAUCUGUCACACUAGUCCUCAGGGGCCAUAAAGUUUAAUAGCCAUGGGAACAUCCGUCCUUUCUCCUAGUGACAAGUGCCUCUCCCCCAGAGCAGUGGAACACGUCCAAUAGAGUGUUAGAACAAACUUCUUCCUAAAAAGGGCUAAUUUUGAAAAGCCGUCUCCGCAGAGUGAAUUGCAUGUACAUUUUCUAAGUCUUGUACCGGGAGAGAAUAACUUUCUGGAAGAACGCACGGUCAGUAAUCUCCCUCUCAGAGAUUUCAUCAUCUGAGUUGCCGAGGAGGAAUGUGUUCUCUUCAGUUCGGCGGCCAUUGUUGGGGGUUUCUCUAUAAAUAACCUCAUGUCAGCUAGCCAUGCAAGCAGUCGGGCUUUCAGGCAGGCAGGAGAACAGUUAUUAGUGGGGCACUACGUCUGGAAAGGCUGGGGCAGAAGCCUUGACACAACUUGUACUGAACAAAAGAACACACAGGAACUCUGCCAAUCUGUAGCCUUUCGUAGCUUGCAAAGAGCGAUAUUGAUAACCUGAUACCUCUGUAGACGGUAAUGUUAUGACUUGCACAGAGUGAAAGAUCUUUCAUAGUGUCUUAUAAACAGGGGCUGAUGGUGAGUAACAAUUUGAUAUCAUAAAUGAAACGGUGAAACACCACUCGGCUCUUUCAAGAGUUUUGGAAGAAGAGUCUGAUGCACAAAAUAAAAAACACACCAUUGCCUGUGUAACGUAAUUUGUGAUUUUGGCAGCAGUUGAUUGCAACAUAUUACAAACUGUAACAUAGCUCAGUUUAGUCUUAGAAGGAAAGGUUGGAAGCACACUGAUAAUGAAAAGGCUACUUGAACAGACAGACACACAGACUAGUGUCGUUAACUUAUACAGUACUUUUCUCACAAACACUGACAUCAUACAAGGUAUUCGUGUUAACACCUGGGCAAUUCCAUUCAAAAUAAGCAAGAUGGCCUGUCAAAGAUUAAACUGAUGAGUAAUAAUGGAAAAAUGUCCUCAUAUAGAUACUCAUGCCAUGUGACUAGGGGUGUGCUGCCACAGAUAUCAGAGUUGUUUUGAUAACGUCAUUGGUGAGAUACUGCAUAUGGCAGGACACUGAACAACUGUAUCAUCUACUGUAGUCUCACACCCAAGAAUCCCAAAGUAUGUUGAGUUGGAAGGGAUAUGUUGCUGGUGGAGCAUCUCAGGUGACCAUCUUGGACCCCCAGAUAACCUCCUUGGACCAUCUGGGGAAGUGUUCCAGAACUUUCUUGGACUUCCAGAUGAGGUUUUUGGAACAUUUGGGGGUGUAUCCAGAUGACCUUCUUGGACCCACCAGAUAGCUUUUUGGACCCUUAUUAGGGGUCUCCCAGGGUUAGGGUUAGGGGUUUGGGUUGGCAUUCCAGUCAAUCACAUCCCUUUAGUCACACCCCUGAUAAGUUUCACACUUCUAAAUGGAAGCUGCUGUACAUGUCUCCCUCUGUCUCCCAUAUCCUAUAUCCCAAUCAAAACACAGGGGUGUGAUCAGACACAUGUUCAGCGACGAGCUAAGAGCUUACCGAGGCUCUGACUUACGAUGUCGAGGGGGAAAAAAACAAUUGAAUCAAUUUUAGAAUAAGGUGAAGGGGUCUGAAUACUUUCCGAAUGCACUGUAAACCAAACAGUGUCUGACCUAAACUAUACAAGUAAUUAAAAAAUGCUACUCAGUUUGCUGCACUCACAAAACAAGUAUUGGCCAGCAAGGCUCUUGAUCCAGGAGGGGAUUCUCUGCUGUUACCAAGCCAAUGCUUGGUUUUGGAAGAAGCUAACCACUUAGCUAUCUAACUAGCUACUAAAUUAGCAAACCAAAUGCACAACUGCAGAGCAUUUAGAACAUUUUAGAAAGUUAACUUAAUAGUUCUAAGAUAUCUACCUGGCAAACAUUUAGUUGUGAAUUCCAUACUAUAAUUAGAUCACCUGGCACAUGCUGCACACCAGUGAGUGACUCUCAAGGCUCCAGUCUCUCGUAGUUGUGUGCUUGUAAACAAAAAUCACGUGACUGGGGACUACCGGUAAGAUUCAUAAGGUAUUUACUUAAAAAGUAGCAAAAAAUAUUCAAAUGUAUUAAACGGUAUAUAUUGACGGUAUAGAAAAAUCCUGUGGCUUUUCCCAAAUAUCUUGAUAUACGGUAUACCGCCCAAGCCGUGUGUGUGUGUCUGUGUCUGUGUCUGUCUGUGUGUUGUAACAGUUGCACUGCAAACAGGGGUGGAGGGGGGGACAUCGACCUCAGUGUUUGUGUAAUUGAACACAGGUUCUUGAGGCCACUACAGCAUCCUUUGUAAACACUGUUUGUUGAUGUUGGGGAGUGACUGACCGAGUGCACUCCAGUCCCACUUUUCUGCUGAGACGAGGGAAUGGUAUGUGCGUGUGUGUGGGGGCGUGCAUGAGUGUGUGUUUAUUUGUUUGAAGUGCAGAGGAGGACUGUUUAUUACAAGUGUGUGUUUGAGAGAAAUUAAAAAGUGGGAUGGGGUGGGAGUCCUCUUUCCACAGACCACUGUUUGGGUGUUUUAUGUAAACAGUAAUUGGUCACUAAUUAGAAACCUGCUCCAUUCUUCCCUCUCCCCUCGGUCUGUGAAUGAGUGGCCGUCGAAUGGGGCAUUAUGGGUAGGCCCUUUAAUUAAUGGCUACUCCACCUCUCUCUCUCUCCUUUCUUUCUUUCUUUCUUUUUUUCUUUCUUUCUUUCUCUCCCUCCGUUUGUGGCUUAUCAUUAGUCACAUUCCAUCAGUUCUCAGGGAGCACUGAAGCUUGCAAGCACUGGUUUGUGGUAACGUCUCUGGGUCUCUCUCUCGCUUGCGCUCUCUCGCUCUCCCCUAUCGGUUGGGGAAAUGAUUUGGGUUUGAAUGAGAUGGUGGUUGUGUGUGGGAGUCAACUCCAUUAAACAGAUGAUGGCCUCCCAGGAAUGCUCCAUAGUCGCCUGGUCACUUAGCUUGGCCCAGACCAGUGGACUUCCUCCUGUCCUGGUUAAUGGACCCUGUCUGGACCUAUUAGGGGUGAUGUCUCCUGGACCUUAUUUCUCGAUUGGCCUAAUGCCUGAAAACCCAGUCAUUAUCCAUGGCGACCUUUCCGUAUCCAAGGGCCAUACAACCAAUGAGAGAAUGGCAAAUUGAAAACCCAUAGAGGCUAUUGAGGCUACAGCUCACAAACACAAAUAAGCAUAUACAUAGGCAAUAGCUCACCACUAAACACAUUUAGGCCUAUAGAUGUAGGCUCUACACAGACAGGCUUGGUCUGCAGCUUUACUUUGGCGAUAGGCUUAGAUACUGUUUACUGUUCAGUCUGCACAGCUUGACCAUAGCAAUCUAGUGCAGUACCUUCAGUGUCCAUUCAGCAGAGAGACAGAGGGCAAAGGAAAGGAAUACUCCGUUACACUGAGGUGAAAGAAACAUUACAGAAAACCAAUUGCAAGCACACAUUUCCUCCCCUCUCUCCUUUCACACAGUGAUACCUAACCCGCCAGCUAAAGCGACAAAAAAACGACUUCCCCUGGAGGCGAAAUCAGAUUUUGAGAUCUGACUACGAGAAUAGAAUCACCACUCCAUUUCAACUAUUCCCGUAUAUAAAAAAAAUUAUUGGAAUUAAGUUUAGCCUGAUUGGAUUAUUGCUUCAGGAAGAGGAAGUAAUUUCCAAGUCAAACAGGACGAAGCAGACUGAGAAGCCAGUGUACUGUACUUUAGGGUUGCUUUAUUUCCCAAAAUAGGUUGAGGGAAGGGAGUGGGGAAAAAAAGAUUGGCCACAGACGCUGAACCGACCCGACUGUUGCUCUUGGACAGUGAACACUCAGGCCUGCAAGUUUUUUGCGAUCACCCAAAGUGACAACCACGUAACCGUGCCGUGCCAAAUUCACCGUGACCCGCGACGGUAUUACAUGCGACCCCCAGAUUCCGGUGGUCGCGGAAGAAAUGGGAGAAACACAGUGUUUGUUGCUGUAGUCUGUCACAGAGUUAACAUGCCUGUCAUUCCUGACGGGGCUGCGCUAGGCUCCGGCGUCGUAGCGUUCUCAGGGUUAGCGUUCCUUCUAGCGAGGCAGAGUUAGUACAGGGUAGAGGUUUCCAGAAGAGUCACACCCACAAACAAACCUGGACUCAAAUACCAUAUGAAAUCUUUCGAAUACUUUUAGCAUUUGCUUUAGCCUGCCUGGAGCGCCAGGUGGGCGGGGUUUGCACUUUUACCACUACUCUAUUGGUUCCAUUAUUGUUCUUGUUGUUCUUUCGCCAGGUCAAAGGGGAGAGUCUGUAUUUCGGCUGGUGUUUGUCAGUGUCUCUUAUCUUCCUUCCGAAUCCCGACUCAAUGUUUGGAUUGCAUGUUUUGAAUGUUCUGGUAAUUUUCACUGACUAAGGCAUCAAUCAAAGAGCGACUUUGCCUCUGGUGCCGUCAAUUGAUAAAACUUUUCAUAAAACGUUUUCAUAAUACAAAAAAAUAAACAUUUGGAGAGGAAGUGCAAAAUUAUGGCUUGAGAUGUAAUUCAUGUCAGGUUAAAAAACAGAUAAAAAAACAUAAAUUAUUAUACUUGAGUAAAGUUUUUUUCUCUCUCUUUCUUUCCUAGUUUGGCCCCUUGCCAAGCCUUUACCCUCUUUCCCAGUUAACACCUUCACCCCUCCUCACACAGAGGGCUCUCUACAUGCCCCAAUGGGGUGAGGAAUGAGGUGUGUGUCUGUGGUUAAGACUGGUCUGUUGCUCGGGGUGAAUAGGUGUCUCUUUUAGUGUGUCUCUCUCUCUCCCUCCCUCUCUCAGUACAGAGGGAGAGACAGAGAGAGAGAUCCGUCUGAACUGGCACUGGAAAAUCUCACUUCCGUGCCAGUGACUAGAGCAGGGGUGUCAAACUCAUUUUGCCCCAACGAGGUCCGGUUGGCCACACUGAAAAUGUAUAUUUCUUUGCAGUGAAAAUUAGGCCAAAUAGUCCUCUAUCCAUCGUUUUUUGAUUUUUUUUAAUGCUCCCUGACUGUCUAGCUUUCAUUUUGGUGAUUAUUAGCGAGUUGGACACAGUCAAGAUUUGGUUUAAGUAUAUUUAGUUCGUCCCCCCCAAAUGUUUUAUUAAAAAAAUAUACACUGCUCAGAAAAAAUAAAGGGAACACUUAAACAACACAUCCUAGAUCUGAAUAAAUGAAAUAAUCUUAUUAAAUACUUUUUUCUUUACAUAGUUGAAUGUGCUGACAACAAAAUCACAAAAAAAUUAUCAAUGGAAAUCAAAUGUAUCAACCCAUGGAGGUCUGGAUUUGGAGUCACCCUCAAAAUUAAAGUGGAAAACCACACUACAGGCUGAUCCAACUUUGAUGUAAUGUCCUUAAAACAAGUCAAAAUGAGGCUCAGUAGUGUGUGUGGCCUCCACGUGCCUGUAUGACCUCCCUACAACGCCUGGGCAUGCUCCUGAUGAGGUGGCGGAUGGUCUCCUGAGGGAUCUCCUCCCAGACCUGGACUAAAGCAUCCGCCAACUCCUGGACAGUCUGUGGUGCAACGUGGCGUUGGUGGAUGGAGCGAGACAUGAUGUCCCAGAUGUGCUCAAUUGGAUUCAGGUCUGGGGAACGGGCGGGCCAGUCCAUAGCAUCAAUGCCUUCCUCUUGCAGGAACUGCUGAGACACUCCAGCCACAUGAGAUCUAGCAUUGUCUUGCAUUAGGAUGAACCCAGGGUCAACCGCACCAGCAUAUGGUCUCACAAGGGGUCUGAGGAUCUCAUCUCGGUACCUAAUGGCAGUCAGGCUACCUCUGGCGAGCACAUGGAGGGCUGUGCGGCCCCCCAAAGAAAUGCCACCCCACACCAUGACUGACCCACCGCCAAACCGGUCAUGCUGGAGGAUGUUGCAGGCAGCAGAACGUUCUCCACGGCGUCUCCAGACUCUGUCACGUCUGUCACAUGUGCUCAGUGUGAACCUGCUUUCAUCUGUGAAGAGCACAGGGCGCCAGUGGCGAAUUUGCCAAUCUUGGUGUUCUCUGGCAAAUGCCAAACGUCCUGCACGGUGUUGGGCUGUAAGCACAACCCCCACCUGUGGACGUCGGGCCCUCAUACCACCCUCAUGGAGUCUGUUUCUGACCGUUUGAGCAGACAUGCACAUUUGUGGCCUGCUUGAGGUCAUUUUGCAGGGCUCUGGCAGUGCUCCUCCUGCUCCUCCUUGCACAAAGGCGGAGGUAGCGGUCCUGCUGCUGGGUUGUUGCCCUCCUACGGCCUCCUCCACGUCUCCUGAUGUACUGGCCUGUCUCCUGGUAGCGCCUCCAUGCUCUGGACACUACGCUGACAGACACAGCAAACCUUCUUGCCACAGCUCGCAUUGAUGUGCCAUCCUGGAUGAGCUGCACUACCUGAGCCACUUGUGUGGGUUGUAGACUCCGUCUCAUGCUACCACUAGAGUGAAAGCACCGCCAGCAUUCAAAAGGGACCAAAACAUUAGCCAGGAAGCAUAGGAACUGAGAAGUAGUCUGUGGUCACCACCUGCAGAACCACUUCUUUAUUGGGGGUGUCUUGCUAAUUGCCUAUAAUUUCCACCUGUUGUCUAUUUCAUUAGCAUGUCAAUCAGUGUUGCUUCCUAAGUGGACAGUUUGAUUUCACAGAAGUGUGAUUGAAUUGGAGUUACAUUGUGUUGUUUAAGUGUUCCCUUUAUUUUUUUGAGCAGUGUAUAUAUAUAUAUAUAUAUAUAUAUAUAUAAUGUUUUACUGAAACCACCGCAGGCCGGAUUGGACCCCCUCCGGCCCGCGGGCUGCAUGUUUAACACCCCUGGACGAGCGAGAAAGGGGGAGGGGGGAGAUAAUGCAGGUGGAGGCAGAGAGAAAGAAGCGCGGAGGGAAAAUUGGUAGCGGAAGAAGUGGAGAGGGAGAAGAAGAGUGUCCCAAAUGGCGCCCUAUUCCCUAUAUAGUGCACUACUUUUGACCAGUGCCUUAUGGUCAAAAGUAGUGCACUAAAUGGGGAAUAGGUUACCAUUUAAACGCAGACUCAGUCUGUUGGUGCCAGGAAUGACUGUGGUAAAGGUGUCCAGGGGUGUUAGUGAUUGUGCUCAAGUGAAGUGUUUUUGCCUGGUAGCCUAGCAAUGGGGAUGGCUUGGAACAGUGAGUGUGCUGAAAGUGAGUGUACUGAAAGCUCUCUGUGGGUGACACUACUUGACCUGGCUUUUGCUAAGAAGGGCUUCCCAGGCAAGUGAAAACGAUGUUGUUGGGCGAAGGCAGGUCUGACUUGAAUUUCAAUGGGAAUGCGUUCCAAUGAUCUCCAUUUAGUCAAACAGACUAUCAAGACAACACACAGUGCACAAAUAUAGUCUUGUUAUAGAGGUGGUUUGGUGAUGAGUAACCUUACCUGAGACAUGAGAUUUACCCAAGACAUGCCUAGGCUUUAGGAACAUUCAUUUGGGUAAAGCGCCGGAGACUAACCCCUGUUGGUCACAUGUGUAACUGCUGGAGCAGGAUUAAAUGACUUCUUAUUUCUGCAUUACAUUUGUGUUUGCAUUAGGAAGGGAUUUGUUCAAUAAGAAACAUGCUAACUCUACUGUUGGGGUAACACUUGUUGAUGCUAACACUUGUUGCUAACACUUGAGGUGUUUAGGCAAUGCAAAGUAUACUAUGCAGUGGGUGUUUUUUUAUUUUUUAUUAGGGGGCAAAAAGCCUUGAUUUUACUGCGGCAAUUCAGCUUUUUAGGAUAAUUUUUUAACAAUUUGUCAUGAAAAUGCGCUGAUGGAGGAAAACAUUUGACGUGUGGCUUGAUUGUACCAUUUUAUGCGGUAAAAGUGCGUGAUUGGUUUCUAAUUGCACUUGAACUGGUGUUCCUUGGUUUACAGAGAUAUUAACCAUUUGUCUCUCUUUGUCUUGCAGAUUGGAGUCGUAGGGGAGGUGUUUUUAACCAAACCAAGCUGCUGGGAGGUCAAGGGGUGACAUGCCUCUGUAACACAUCUUUGGAAACAAAUGGUGAGAGAAAGUUCUCAAAUUAAUUAAUCUAAUCUAGGUAAGAGCUGUAGUUUAUCAGUAUGUUUGGGGGUCUGGUUUUGUACAUAAAUGUAUAAUUUACCAUUAGUGACUUGAAGUUAAAUGAUGUGAAUAUUCAUGUUUCUCAUAACUAUAUACAGUAUGUUAUCUAUCUAGGUUGUGAAGUGUGUGUGUGAAUCCCUCGCUUUCUCUCCUGGGUUGCCAGAUUGGUUGCCAUGCCUCCGGGGAUGGCGCAACGUGGUUUCUCUGUCCCGGUGGCGGUCCCAGUCCCAGUACUGUUGGUGCUGCUGCUAGCUGCCGAAAUGGCCCUCCUAUGGCCUGGCCUGGGCCUCCUCCCCCUACCCUACCUUCACCCGCAACGACACCCUCUUUGAGCACAUGGCCCUGCACCCGGACCCCACGGUGGGACGCGUCUACGUGGGGGCGCAGGACCGCCUUUUCCAGCUGGACCGCCACCUGACCGCCGAGCUCCAGGACGACACUGGACCCGUGACAGACAGCCGCGAGUGCCUGCCCCCCGUCACCGAGGGCAACUGCCCGCAGGCGCGGCCCACCAGCAACCACAACAAGCUCCUGCUGGUGGACCCCUACUCCAUGGAACUGAUCACAUGCGGCAGCGUCAACCAGGGCAUCUGCCAGAAGCGGAGUUUAGACUCUGUGGGUACAGUGCUGUUCUCGGCCGAGCGGCCCGUGGACACGCAGUACGUGGCGGCCAACCACCCCAACGUAAGCACGGUGGGCCUGGUGGUGCGCUCCCGCCCCGACCGCCAGCCUGUGCUCUUUGUGGGCCGCGGCUACACCAGCAGCCACCCACCUAUCUCCACGCGCAACCUGGCCCAGGAGCCCGUCUUUUCCUACGAAGAAACGGCGAAGCUAGCGGUGGCAGGCCGCCUCUCGGAGUACGACCACCACUUCUCUGCCUCCUUCGCCCACCGCCAGCACGUCUACUUCCUCUUCUACCGGCGUGACCUCAAGUCGCAGUCGCGCGAGUACCGCACCUACAUGUCGCGCGUCUGCCUGGACGACCAGGCCUACUACUCGUACGUGGAAGUUCCUCUGGCCUGUCGCUCGGCGGCCGGGAAAAGCUACAACCUGCUCCAGGCUGUCCGCCUUGGUCUACCACCCAGGGGGAGUGGGGGCGAAGCUGGGCAAGCCGAGGUGCUCCUGGGGGUGUUUUCCACCCAUCAGACCUCGUCCACACGGCCCAGUGAGGACUCGGCUCUUUGCAUGUUUAACCUGGACGAUCUGGACCAGAGGAUCAACUCCACCAGGGACCUGUGCUACACGCAGUUCGGCCGUGCUGAGGGAGGGGAAGAGGCGGCCUACAUCGAGUACGAAGUCAAGUCCAACUGUGCCAACCUGCCGUCGGUGAGUAGAUUGACUUGCCAGGUCCUUAUUUUAUUCAGUCCUGGGUUCAAAUAGUGUUUGAAAUCUUUCUAAAUAUUUUAGCGUUUGCUUUAGCCUUUCUGGAGUGCCAGAUGGACAGGGUUUGCCGUUUUGCAACUAUUCAAUUAGUUACAAUCAAGCCUAGUUAAAGUAUUGGAAAUGAUUUAGAAUAGAAUUUGAACCCAGGUCUGCUUGCCUUAUUUUAUAGUUUCUGUGGAAGCACUUUAGUUUACAGUCCUUUUAUUGCUGGUAUUUAGACUACCUAGUAUGAGGAAGUCAUGAGGCAACAAUGGGUACUUUCCGGUGCUUGCUUCCAAAAAUCUAACAAUUUGUAACAAUUUGGAUGCCAAAUAGUAAGCAGCCUGAUCCUUGUUUUAUCGUCUGCUUUAUCUAUUAGUACUGUUUAGCUGGUAUGUACCAGAUUAUUAUUUUUUGGGUGGAAAUUACAUGGCAUGCAAUUGAUACGUUUUGGUACUUAAAUCUAGUGGUAGAAUUAGACUAUUAUUAAGUGAUGAUAAUGUAACAUCUAUGCUGUGACCGUGUUUAAGUUACCAGGCAAAUAGGGGACUGUAAAAUAGAGUGGAACUGGGUUUAUUCUACAUGUACCAAUAAAGAUGAUGUUGUUUCUUACCAAGUCAGAAUGUCUUUAGGAUUUACUGUAAUUCUACUAUUAGAUUGGUUGCUUCCAGUGUCAUUCAGUUUCUGCAACGUGACCUCCAUGUUAGAAGUUCAAUGAAAUGUAAUUUGAUAUUUUAGUACAGACUAAUGUAAUCCUCCUAUUUGGGGAAUUAAAUUUGAUUAUUUUCAUGUAAUGCCCCUGUUUUGUCUGUGUUUUGACGUUUGUGACUGUGUGUGUGUGUGUGUGUGUGUGUGUACAUUUGCAUGCGACUGCUGCUCAGACUACAGUGGGUAGUCCCCGCUGAGCCACAGUGUAUUUAAUGAUGCACCCCAUAGAGGACACAGAAGAAGUGUUAACCUCUGACCCCUGAAUGCUGUUUACCUCCGACAGGGUCGGGGGAACAGUAGUGUGGUGGGACUGUUUCCCAAAUCGCACCCUAUUCCCUAUUUAUUGCACUGUUUUUGACCAGACCUCUAUGGGCCCUGGCCAAAAGUAGUGCACUACAAAGGGAAUAGGAUGCUAUUUGGGACACACACAGGACAAUUUAAUAGGAUUGUAAGGGGGGAAUCGAUUGGUGGCAUUAGCCUUACUUAGUGGGAGGGACAGAUUUAACCAGGACUGACAAGGAUGGAUAAAGUCACCCACCGCUGAGACCGGAACAAGGGAGAUUGCGACAGGGAAGCAGACGGGACAGGGAAGGAGAGCGGGGGAGGAAGAGAGAGGAGAUGGGGAGAGACUGGGUGUGUGUGUGUGUGAGAGAGAGGGAGGGAUGAAGAGAGAGGAGAUGGGGAGAGACUGUGAGUGUGAGGUGAGUGUGUGUGAGUGUGUGUGAGUGUGAGUGAGAGUGUGAGAAGAGAGAGAGAGAGAGAGAGAUCGAGAGCGAUGCGGCGAGAGCGCGUUAGAGAGCGCAGCUGAGAGCUCGAGAGAUCUCGCGCCUCCUCGCUGCAUGACAGCGCGUCGAGAGCCAGAUCGAGUGGAGAGCCUCUAGGAAGGCUAGUGAGCGAGAGAGAUGAACGCGAAGAGAGAGUAUCCCUAGACCCCAGAGAGAAAUGCUAGGCUAGCACUAGGUCCGUUAACAUAAACAAAGUCUCUGUCACAAAUAGUAACAAUACACCAACACCACAUCUACACAAGUACCUAUCAACAGUGUUAGAGCCCAAUGUUUAUUACUUCAGCCCUAUUGUCUUUUUGUUGCAGGAACUCAUAAGCUGGUAAUAUUUGUCAUAAGGAAAUUCCGUGGAUGUGCUUGGGAGAAAAACAGAUUAUUGUAGCUCUAGUAAUGACUCGCUCUGUUCCCAAAAACAAUUCCCCUAAAGUAUGGAACAAAAAAAACACAGGUCUGCAGCCAAGUCAUAGAUCUCCCACUGCCAAAAUGCACCCCCCCCCCCCUCCCCCCAUAAAAAAAUAGAUUUCACUUUUCCUACUAGCAUUGACUUUGCGGAUAACUUCUUUGAGGAAAAAUUUACUUACUACGAUUUUGAUAUGUGGUUGUCUCACCUCGCUACAGUAUCUUAAGAUGAAUGCACUAACUGUAAUUCACUCAGAAUAAGAGCAUCUGCUAAAUGUGUCGAAGUAAAAACGAGUUCCCAGUAAGCUAUGAAACACUUUGGAACAGAGUUUGACAGAUUCCUACGAUAGUUUCCCCCCUCACCUCCAACUCCACAAUGUCUUCAGAUAGCCGUCUUUGUCUUCCUCACAAUCAAUAAUACUAGAGAGUUAGUUGCCGAGAAGAUGUUUUUUGCUAGUUUGCUACAUUUGACUUGUCAUUUAUCCGAUGCAGCUGUUUAUACAGUUGAAGUCGAAAGUUUACAUACACCUUAGCCAAAUACAUUUAAAGUCAGUUUUUCACAAUUCCUGACAUUUAAUCCUAGUAAAAAAUCCCUGUUUUAGGUCAGUUAGGAUCAACACUUUAUUUUAAGAAUGUGAAAUGUCUGAAUAAUAGUAGAGAGAAUGAUUUAUUUCAUAUUUUAUUUCUUUCAUCACAUUCCCAGUGGGUCAGAAGUUUACAUACACUCAAUUAGUAUUUGGUAGCAUUGCCUUUAAAUUGUUUAACUUGGGUCAAACACUUUGGGUAGCCUUCCACAAGCUUCCCACAAUAAGUUGGGUGAAUGUUGGCCCAUUCCUCCUGACAGAGCUGGUGUAACUGAGUCAGGUUUGUAGGCCUCGCACACGCUUUUUCAGUUCUGCUCACAAAUGUUCUAUAGGAUUUAGGUCAGGGCUUUGUGAUGGCCACUCCAAUACCUUGACUUUGUUGUCCUUAAGCCAUUUUGCCACAACUUUGGAAGUAUGCUUGGGGUCAUUGUCCAUUUGGAAGACCCAUUUGCGACCAAGCUUUAACUUCCUGACUGAUGUCUUGAGAUGUUGCUUCAAUAUAUCCACAUAAUUUUUCUUCCUCAUGAUGCCAUCUACUUUGUGAAGUGCACCAGUCCCUCCUGCAGCAAAGCACCCCCACAGCAUGAUGCUGCCACCCCCGUGCUUCAUGGUUAGGAUGGUGUUCUUCGGCUUGCAAGCCGUCCCCCUUUUUCCUCCAAACAUAACAAUGGUCAUUAUUGCCAAACAGUUCUAUUUUUGUUUCAUCAGACCAGAGGACAUUUCUCCAAAAAGUACGAUCUUUGUCCCCAUGUGCAGUUGCAAACCGUAGUCUGGCCUUUUUAAUGGCGGUUUUGGAGCAGUAGCUUCUUCCUUGCUGAGCGGCCUUUCAGGUUAUGUCGAUAUAGGACUCGUUUUACUGUGGAUAUAGAUACUGUUGUACCUGUUUCCUCCAGCAUCUUCACAAGGUCCUUUGCUGUUGUUCAGGGAUUGAUUUGCACUUUUCGCACCAAAGUACGUUUAUCUCUAGGAGACAGAACGCGUCUCCUUCCAAGGCGGUAUGACGGCUGCGUGGUCCCAUGGUGUUUAUACAUGCGUACUAUUGUGUGUAUAGAUGAACGUGGUACCUUCAGGCGUUUGGAAAUUGCUCCCAAGGAUGAACCAGACUUGUGGAGGUCUACCAUUUUUUUUCUGAGGUCUUGGCUGAUUUCUUUUGAUUUUCCCAUGAUGUCAAGCAAAGAGGCACUGAGUUUGAAGGUAGGCCUUGAAAGACAACCACAGCUACACCUCCAAUUGACUCAAAUGAUGUCAAUUAGCCUAAGAAGCUUCUAAAGCCAUGACAUCAUUUUAUGGAAUUUUCCAAGCUGUUUAAAGGCACAGUCAACUUAGUGUAUGUAAACUUCUGACCCACUGGAAUUGUGAUUAAGUGAAAUAAUCUGUCUGUAAACAAUUGUUGGAAAAAUUACUUGUGUCAUGCACAAAGUAAACGUCCUAACCGACUUGCCAAAACUAUAGUUUGUUAACAAGACAUUCGUGGAGUGGUUGAAAAACAAGUUUUAAUGACUCCAACCUAAGUGUAUGUAAACUUCCGACUUCAACUGUAUGUGUAUUUUACCAUAGUGGGGGUUUUUAAGAGCAAAUCCAUCAUCUUGUAGACUGGUUGUUGUCUGAAUGUAGCCCUAUGUGGCAAACAAUAAUGCAGGCACUAAGGAUGGGGGUAUGAGCAUGUGGCUCUGGGCAGAUGACAUGUAGUCAUUGUUUGUGUGUGUCUGUAAGUUGUUGUUGUGUAUGUUUGUAAUAACCUUAUUGGAUCAUUCUAAAUGUUAGUGUUGUUAGAAGUUGAAAAAUUGUACCUACUUUAAUAAACUAUGUCCAUACAUCUCUAAAUUACAUCAAUUUGCAAAUUCCUUCCCUCUUGAACUAUAGAACACCCUGGAUGCCUACCCAUGUGGUUCAGACCACACCCCCAGUCCAAUGGCCAGCCGGGUGGCAGUGGAAGCCGAGCCCAUAUUGGACAGCCCAUCCGCCCGUCUCACCGCCGUGGCCGUCAGCGUGAGGGCGGGACAUACCAUCGCCUUCCUGGGGGAUUCCAAGGGAAACCUGCAUAAGGUAGAGACCAUUGGGAUGAUAAAACUAAUGGAGCGAUUACAAUGAGUGUACAAAACAUUAAGGACACCUGCUCUUUCCAUGAGAUAUACUGCACCUUUGAACGGGGUAAGGUAGUAGGUGCCAGGUGCACCGGUUUGUGUCAAGAACUGCAAUGCUGCAGUGUUUUUCACGCUCAACAGUUUCCUGUGUGUAUCAAGAAUGGGCCACCACCCAAAGGACAUCCAGCCAACUUGACACAACUGUGGGAAGCAUUGGAGUCGACAUGGGCCAGCAACACUGUGGAACACUUUCGACACCUUAUAGAGCCCAGACAAAUUGAAGAUGUUCUGAGGGCAAAAUGGGGUGCAACUCAAUAUUAGGAAGGUGACCUCAAUGUGUUGUACACCUUCAAAACAGGACUUGGCUGGACAUGUUCUAUGCUGGUUGUUUCUGUGUCUUGUAUACGGUACAUUUCAGUGCAUUCCAUUGCAUGAAGUGAGCCUUUGAUAUUUCCUGAAUAACCUCAGCUCAGCCCCAACAUAGACCUAGACAGAUAUUCACAGACUACUAGCCAGCCAGACACACAAGUGCGUACGAACACAUGUACGCACACACGCCAAGAGAUUAGAGAAGGCACCCUUCCAUACUAGCGCAGACUGAAGUCAACACUCCAGAAAUAAUAGGAGCAAACUGGACCAGCUAACUAACUAAUGCAUCUGUCCUUAAGUGGUUCUGGGUGCGUUUGCUUUUCCCUGGACCUGCCAGAUAACACUUGUACUGUUGUUAUGAACAAUGAGACCUCUUCUCUCUCCUCUUUUCUUUGGCUAAUCUUUUUUUUUUGUUGACAGCUCGCUUUCUUUCCUGACUUCAUUGAUUUUUGUUGUCCUGUUUCGUAAGACGUUGUUGUAUUCCUGUAUUGUUUGGGACAAAGCCAUGUAAACCACAACAGGGAAAGGCAGCAUUGAUCCACCAUGGACCAGGGCACUGAUAGAAGAGGGGCAGCAUAGACUGACACUAUUAUUAAUCAUACACAAUAGGAGGGAUAUUCCUACAUCCACCCUGUACCGUCCUCCAAUAUAGACAACACCCUGUACCAUCCUCAGAUAUAGACAACACCCUGUUCCGUCCUCUGAUAUAGACAACACCCUGUUCCGUCCUCUGAUAUAGACAACACCCUGUACCAUCCUCAGAUAUAGACAACACCCUGUUCCGUCCUCUGAUAUAGACAACACCCUGUUCCGUCCUCUGAUAUAGACAACACCCUGUUCCGUCCUCUGAUAUAGAGAACAGGGAACGGGCAUCACUAUAGACACUCAACAGUCGCAACUGUCCAGUCCAUUGGGUUGCCAUGUUGGCUGGGGGGGGGGGGGGGGGGGGGGGUCAUGUGGAGCAGUGUCUUUUGGGGUUCACGCAAGAGCCAGGGCACACACAAGCAAGAGAGAUGGAAUGUUGUGAUGAGGGAGGGAUGGAUGGAUAGAGAGGGGGAUAGAGCGAGAGAGAGGGAUGGAUAGACUGGGGGGAGAGAAGGGGGAUGACAGGGAGGGGGAGAGAAGAGGGGGAUAACACACCUGUGGGUUAACAUAACAUGGCGGUAAUACACAUAGAGGGCUUGGGAAUAUAUAAAAACAACCCACUUAAAAAUAUGGUCUUGAAAUGCGUUAGUGCCAAGAUUUGAGUUUAUAUCACCCAAGCAUAGGAAUUUGAGGGGGUGAUGUGGUGGGGGGCUCAUAGGGUACAUCUCAGUAGUUUAAACUUGCUGCCUCUGUGAAAACCCAUCCAGUCCGUUCGCCUAUCACUGUCAGCGAAGGCAAGGAAGUAUUUAGGCAUAGCGAGUUCUUAGUAACAGCAAGUUCUCUCACACCCAGACUCUCACUCUGAAUAGUGACUAACGCUAACAAUUAGCACUUUGUUUCAUUUUUGUCAAUGGCUGCACAGCGGUUGUGACCAGGGCGGGGUGGGGUAGAGCAGGGAGGGAAGCACAGUGACACCCAUUAACAGUAUUUUUACACACUGACCACAGAACAACACCACUGGCCAAUGUGGCCAUUCCUCAUGAUGUCUGGCUAACUAGGACUCCAUGACUCAGGGUUUUGUGUUGUGUGAGUCACAUGCAGUGUGUGUACAGUGCACAGUCACCACUGACUGGCAACUAGAUGGCAAAGACAGCAGAGUUCUAAAUAGAAGGCCCUAUUCUCUUUCCAUAGACUACACAUGCAUGCAUACACACUGCCGAAUUGUCUGAAUGUCACUGUCACCAGAUGCUCUGUCACUCAUUGUCACUACUGUAGUCCCAGACUAUAUACAGUAUGCCUCUGGGACGUAGCAUGUUACAGCACAUGAUCAGAUCUGGGUUCAAAUACUAUUUCAGUUACUAAGUAUUGUUAAGUUGUUGUUUUUUAAAUGUAUAAGUAGUUGAAUAUUGGGAUGUAUUUGGAAAUACACUUAGAAAGUAUUGGCAUGUAUUUGAAAAUACUGAAAUACAUCGACGAGUGUAAUACUCCCAUGCAUUUGAACCCUGGUCUGUUUGGUCCUAGGGGUAUUUGAAAUAAUGUAUUUGAAAAUAGUUUAAAAUAGUAAGCUACUAUAUUUUCUAAUAUUUUUAAUAGAAGUAGUUGAUUCGGCACCACAUUAUUAGAAAAUAAAAAUAAUAGAAGUACAAAUACCUAAAUACACAUGUAUUUGAACCCAGGUCUGCACAUGACUGACACCUGCUAGGUGAAUUAGCAGUGAAAUAUGUAUUUUUUUAAGCUCAACUAUUACAGAGUUGGUAUUGGGAAAUUGAUUGAUUGUAUUGGCCAUCAAUGCAAUUUAAUUGAAAGAGAAUGAGGAAUAGAACGUGUGUGUGUGUGCUCCACCCAGAGUUUCUGUUUGUGUUCUGUACAGUAUGUGUGUGUUCAGACAGGGCCACUGACAGAUGAUGGGACUGCAAGGGCGAGAUAUGCACCAAUAAUUUGCCAUGAUGAGAUAAUCCUAGUCUAUUGGAUGGCAGGGGGUCAGAGUGGGUCAUUCUCAUGAAACUGACAUUUGACCCAAAAUUUCCUUGGUCAUUUUUCACGAAAUGUCUUCUUGGAUCACUGAGAUUAGGAUCUAUACUUAUCUGUAUCAUAAUUAUUAUUAUGUUUUUUGUUCAGAUAUAAUGCAUUUUACCACAAUUUCCACAAAAUUCUCAUUACCGUAACAGUCCAAAAAAGUAAUAUUUAAAGUUAAAUUAUAAUACAAUUAAAUCUGACCUUUUAUCAAUUUUGAGAUUUUUAGCCGUUUCGGUAAUGAGAAGGCCAAUUGGGGUAAAGGGGGUGUUUGACAAUAAGAACCUCAUUCUGAAGGCAUAGUCAAUUAACUAAACUUCUACUACUCCUCUAGAUCAUGUGUCAUUACCGUAACACUUUUUCAAGUUCCUGUAAAAAUUCAUUUUUUAAGUAGUUGUAUCUACCCAUGAUGCAGUGUUUCGCAAAGUCUGUCCUGCCCCCCCACCACCCCCGGGUGCACGUUUUGUUUUUUGCCCUAGCACUACACAGCUUAUUCAAAUAACCAACUCAUCAAGCUUUGAUCAUUUGAAUCAGCUGUGUUUCCUCCUCCAGAUGGUUGCGUGCACAGAGAGAGAGAGAGAGAGAAGAGAGAGAGAGGGAGAGAGAGAGAAGAGAGAGAGAAGAGAGAGAGAGAGAGAGAGAGAGAGAGAGAGAGAGAGAGAGAGAGAGAGAGAGAGAGAGACAGAGAGAGACAGAGAGAGAUGAGAGUGAACAACAUCUAAUUGCCACAAACUAAUACUGUGUAGCCAUGUUCCCAGUUGACCUUCUCAAGACAAACAUUUAGAUUGGCAUUCCAAAUCAUCCAAACAGAACAGUGCAUCUUUCUAUGCUUUCAGAAGACUGAUGAUGUUUUACCAUUUAAACUCUCCUCCAAACCAUUGUGGCUCAAAAUGCUUCAAAUACCAACAUAAUUCAAUUUAGCAUGAUUGUUAUUCCUAAUGGCUAAAUUUAACUGACCAUGCUAUGCUAUUUAUCUCCCUGGAUAGUGAAUUAUAUAACAUUUACAUUACAUUUUAUAUAACUAGGAGAAUGUAGAGUGGGUAUUCGGAAAACAAAUUAUACAAAUGUUUAUUAUAAGGGAUCAUUUGUAGGUGUUGCAAUCUAAACAUUUAAAAUAAUACAUUCAAGUAGAAUUUCUGAUAUCUUUUUUACAAAUAUUAUAAUCUAUAGAUUCUAUAAUAUUGUAGCGAUCCUCGCUAAUGGAGCCCCGUGUAGCUCAGUUGGUAGAGCAUGGCGCUUGCAACGCCAGGGUUGUGGGUUCAUUUCCCACGGGGGGCCAGUAUGAAAAAGUAUGAAAACGUAUGCACUCACUAACUGUAAGUCACUCUGGAUAAGAGCGUCUGCUAAAUGACUAAAAUGUAAAUGGUCCAACGUUACAAUUCCCUAAAGUGGGCUAACCCUAUUGGAGCAAUGUAUGCAUGUUUUCCUUUCAUACGAGUGACCUAGGUUCUGUACCCCUCUAUCUGUUUGCUAUAAUAUAAUGAAAUGUACCUAAUAGGUUUCUUAACCAUUUUUAUGUUUGUUUUCCAGGUGUUUCUGGGCCCUAAAGGUGAGGUGGAGGAGUACGCCGUCGUCUCCAUCCAAGCCAACGCGGCCAUCAGCUCUGACCUGCUCCUGGAUCAGUCUGAGGAGCACCUUUUCAUCAUGACGUCCACCAUGGUACAGUACACUAGCCUGGUCCCAGAUCUGUUUGUUGGUGCUGUCCUGCCAACUCCUCUGCUCAUUGGCAGUUUUACACAUGAAUCUCACUUCUGACACCAACAGUACACUACCAACACAACAACUUUUAAUUUCUUCCCUUCACACAGGCACAGUGGUCAACAACUAUGUGUCUCUGAAACAAGUCUCUUUUUUAGUUCAUAGUAAUCUCGUCCACGGCUCUAUUGAGACGAGGUUCAGUUUAUAGUAAUGGCUCCAUGCAAAGUCCUCAUAGACUCUGCAACAUUUUCACCACAUUGCUUUAUUCCUAUCUAAUCAUUUUACCUAUCAGGGAAGUUGCUACAGUUUUGGGCAAUAGUUCUGUUUCCAAAAUGUCUCUCCUUUGUUUCAGUGAAGAGCCGUCUCAUUGUUCACUAUGUGUUGCACAUAAUGACUGAAUAUUGCCUGUUAUUCUUUUGUUGUGGUCACAGCUCCAGAAGAGGCCGGUGGCUGAGUGCCACGAACACCUGGACUGCCAGGCCUGUCUGUCAGCCCACGACCCCUACUGUGGAUGGUGUGUCCUGGAGGGGAGGUAA